GCGGCUCUUCAAAGCUCCCUGAGCCUGUAAUUAGGGGGCGGGACCUGCAUCCCUCAUAGAAGUGCCUGCGCUCUAGUCGGAGUUCCUACUCUAAACUGUCCCGGGACCGCGAGCUGAGACCCCCUCCGUAUUUAUUUAAAGCUCUUGGGAUUUCAUUCUCAGGGAUGGCAGCGUCUAUUCUGGAGCAGGACGAUGCUCGCUAUGGCUCCAGUCCCCUGGCAAUGCUGACAGCCACCUGCAACAAGUUUGGCAGCACCAGUCCGGUCAGGGACUCUGCAACGCCUGGCAAGACGGGCAACGCCGCCCCAGGAAAGAAGCCCUACAGCCUGGGUUCGGACCUCCAGGCCCCUAAGGGUGGGAGGGUUGGCGACGGCCUGCCGGAUUCCUACACUGGUUCCUUCAAUGCAGGCGGUGGGCUCCUGACCCCCUCCGGCAGCCCUCCACAGCCAGCUGGGGGCUACAGCUCUGAGUACAUCCCCUUCUCCCACUCCUUCCAGACCAACUCGGGCUCCCAGGAUCCGUCUUUGCUGGCGUCCAAGGCCCACGCCACUGCCGACUGCCUGACCAGUGUCUACACCUCACUGGACAUGGCACACCCGUAUGGCUCCUGGUACAAGGCGGGCAUCCACCCCGGCAUCACGGCAGCACCCGCCAAUGCCACCUCCUCCUGGUGGGAUGUACACCCAAACUCAGGCUGGCUGAGCGCUGCCCAGGGCCAACCAGACGGCCUACAGGGCUCCCUGCAGCCGGUGGCCCCCCAGGCCUCCCUCAGCCCCCAGCUGCCCAGCUACAGCUCUGAUUUCGCACCCCUCAACCCUGCUCCCUACCCCGGCGUUGGGCUCAGUUCCUCCUCCCACCUGCUCCAGUCCUCCCAACACGUGCUGCCGCAGGACAUGUAUAAGCCCAAGCCGGUUCCCGGCACGGGAAUCAUGGAGACUCCUGUGGGACUGAAGCCGACACGUGGAUCCGGAUCGGGAAAUUAUGGAGGGGGCAGCACCCCGGGCCGCUCCUCCUGCGACUGCCCCAACUGCCAGGAGCUGGAGCGCCUGGGGGCCUCAGCGGCCUCCCUGCGCAAGAAGCCCGUGCACAGCUGCCACAUCCCCGGCUGCGGCAAGGUGUACGGCAAGGCCUCGCACCUGAAGGCCCACCUGCGCUGGCACACGGGCGAGCGGCCCUUCGUCUGCAACUGGCUCUUCUGCGGCAAGCGCUUCACGCGCUCCGACGAGCUGGAGCGCCACGUGCGCACGCACACACGUGAGAAGAAGUUCACCUGCCCACUGUGCAGCAAGCGCUUCACGCGCAGCGACCACCUCAGCAAGCACCAGAAGACGCAUGCAGAGGCCCCCCUCCAGGGCAAGGUGGCCGGUGAGGGCGAGCCCAACCCCAGGGGCGAAGAGACUGUAGACGCCGCUCCAGCCACCUCCGCCAACAUCGUCCCAGACACGGUCAACACCGGCGAGGAGAAGCCAGGAAAUGGUGUGGAAACCGCCAGCAAUCUCCUGGAGAUCUAACUGGCUGCUGUGGGUCGGCUCAUGAGUAUUGGUGCUUAUUACAGGUUCCCCCGGUGCCCCACAGUAAAGGAGCUGCCUGCUUUAAUCUUUUAAUCGCAGAAAGUCAUGCUAUUGUUUUAAUUGCAGAUCUAUGAGGUUCUUUGCUGAAUGAAACUGACAGCAGAGCCCCGGCCAAUGGACUAGAGCAAGGGUGCCCAACUCCAGUCCUGGGGGGCCGGAGCCCUGUGUAGCUUAGUUCUUUCCCUGUUCCAACAUAAAUGAUUCAGCUGAAGAGCUGUGUGGUAAUUAGCACAAAGAGUUGAAUCACGUGUGUUACAUGAGGGGAAGCCCAAAAAUGUGCAGAGCUCUGGCCCUCCAGGACUGGAGUUGGGCACCCCUGGACUAGAGAGUAGCGGUUCUGGUGUCUAGCACAUGCACAUGUGGACACACACCACUGGGUCAAAUGUCUAAUGUACAUUGAAACAAUCGACAGAAUAAUGCCAGAUUAGCUUGUCGUCAGUCAGGGAGGCGGCCCCUCUGUUAUGGUGCUGCCUCCUGUGGAUGACAAGUGAAAAGCAGGCAAAGAAGGCGUUUACUGGUCCCCACCCCCUCUUUGAGUGGUAUUUUUUUUUACCUUUGCCAAAAAUGGUGGUAAACGGCCAUUUCCGAUUGGGUGAAAGCUAAGACCAAUUUUUUAAAAGGAAAAAAACAGAGGUAAUGACUUUCACAAGACUCAUUAAAGUCAACCCAAACCCUAAGACCAACUUCAGACUUAUGGUUCUGGUUAGAAUCCAACAUAGCCAUGGAAAUGUUGUGGAAAGAUGCCAGGUUCCCUUGCCUUUAUAGCAACACUGCUGCACUCAUCAGUUCUUAAUUUAACCGCAGCACAACGACACCUUAGCGAGAAAUCAUGACUGGGGUCAAACAGAUUUGCCGAUUAGAUUCUCUGGGUUGUUCAGUGUCGUUUGCUGUGUUCGUUGUGUGUUUGCCUGUUCUGUUCGAAAGCUUUUCUCUUGUGUCUUAUUUAAUUGAUUCUUCACUCACGUCUAUUAUUUAUAUCUUAACUUAUGAGCAGAUUCUAGCUGCAUACAAGAGAAUAAAUUCUGACUUCUUACAGGUAUUGUUUAAUUUAAUGGCAUGUUUGAUGGUACCUGGCCAUAGAUUAAACUUAGUAAAUGAAGAUUGUUCUAUUAUUUAUUGAAUUGUCUUAGUUAACAAAAUGGAAUGCAGGUGCUUUGAUUUUAGGUUUUUAUUUAUAUAUCUCGAUGAUUAGCUCUGUCUCACGGCUGUUUAAUUUUUAAAUUGUGACUUUAUUUUACUCGCAUAGUUGAAAUAGUUGCAUUUCUAUUUUGAUUACUUUUCCCAUAUUUAAUUUUUAUUUUAAUUAACCUCUCAAAAAGUGUACAUAUUAUUCUUAAUUGGUUUUAUGUAUACCUUUCUAGAUGUAUUUAUUUGUUUUCUCACAAUAUUCUAACAAACCAAAAUGUGUGAAGUAUUUUUAUUAUUAUUGUCAUUAUUAAUAUUAUUAUUGAAUAAUGGCCAUUUGCAUACCACACAGCUUAUCUAUAAUCAAAAAUCAUAUUCUAAAUAUUUUAAAUACAAAAUAAUAUAUAACUAUCACUACUAUUAGUAGCAGUAGUAAUUAUUAUUGUAGAUCACAGGAUUUGGCUAAGCUGUCGGGUGCUGAAGGUGCUAACUAUUGUUCUUUUUAUUCAAAUACAUACAUCUGAAUAUGUUUACUUAAAAAUGUAACAUUUAAAUUUUAUUGAAUGGUGCUUUUGUGCUUAUGAAGUACAUACAAAAAUUAUUCAAUAUGUAAAUAUAUGUUAUACGAUUAAAAAAAACUAAAAUGUACUCCCCAUCAAUAUUAAGGAGUACGCAGAAAAUGGUCUUUGUUUUUCUGUGUUUUUUUUUUAUUCCUUACAUUAUUGUUUGAACGUUUAAAAACAUGUGAUCUGUAAAUAGCGGUUACUACUUUCAGCUAGGUAAUGUUGCCGCAGGGAGAUGGAACCUUUUUAUGUUUAAUUGUUGUUGUCGUAAUCCAGCGUGUGAUCCAAUGCUGCGUAUCACGCGGAUGCUUUCUGUGGAGGUGCUGCACCUCUUCACUGUAACUCAUCUGUUUGUAAAAAAAAAAAAAAACACAACUUGACAGGAAGCAAUUCUUUAUUCACUUGGGAAAAAGCACAAAUAAAAAAAUUACA